CCAAAGUCAGAAAAUUGAACGUCCAAAGGUCAAUGCUAUAUCUUUUAUUUUAUUUUAUUUUAUUUAUUUUUUAAACUUUUCUCUUUUCUAUUUAUAUUCCUUUCCUUUGCGUUCAAGUCAUGAAGUAGAAAACUCAAACACUUCUUCAGAAUUGAUUUUGCAUAGAUAAAAGGAAGAAAAUGGUUUUUGAUGAAGCAAAGUUAGAGGAUACUAUUGCUCAAGAAAUGAUAACAAAAUUAUCAGUUAAGGAUGAAAAAAAAGAAGAGGAGGAAAAAGUCUUGUGUAUUUCUUCUUCAGUGGAAAUACCAAUUGGAUGUUUGAGCAAGAAAAAGCUUAUUGUUCUUGAUUUAAAUGGACUUGUUGCUGACAUUGUUUCUCCACCUCCAAAGAAUGUUAAAUCAGAUGCAACCAUAGCUAGGAAAGCAGUAUUCAAGAGGCCAUUUUAUCAUGAAUUUCUGAACUUCUGCUUUGAGAGAUUUGAUGUGGCUGUGUGGUCUUCAAGAAUGAAAAAAAAUGUUGACAGAGUCGUCGAUUAUUUGAUGGGAGACAUGAAGCAUAGGCUGAUUUUCUGUUGGAACCUGUCACAUUGUACUGAAACAACUUUCAAAACUCUUCAAAACAAGCACAAGCCACUAGUUUUUAAGGAUUUAAGGAAAAUUUGGAACAAGUAUGAUCCUAAUCUUCCUUGGGAGAAGGGAUAUUACAAUGAGUCAAACACAUUGCUGUUGGAUGAUUCUCCCUACAAGGCACUGCUUAAUCCUCCAUACAACUCAAUCUUUCCUCAUACAUUCAGUUAUGAGAAUCAGAAUGACACUUCACUAGCUGCUGGAGGCGAUCUUCGACGAUAUGUGGAAGGAUUGGCAAAUGCUGAAAAUAUGUUGAUGUAUGUAGAACAACAUCCAUUUGGUCAAGAACGUAUCACUGAAAAAAGUGAAGCUUGGGAUUUCUACCUCAAUGUGAUCAAUAGUCUUUCUACUUGUCAACCUAAGAAGUGAAAAAUGGUUUCUUGCAAUUGGAAUAUGAUCAAUUUUGUUGGUCUGCUAGGCUAAACUUCUAUAUAGCUGUUUCAUUUUUGCAUGAUUGCAUAUUAGAGUCCCCUUUUGAGUAUGGUUUUUGAUUAAUGGUUUUUCUCUUUUGGGAAAAAUGUACAAGGGCUGAAGAAUUUUGGAAAAACAAAUUGUGUGGCAAAAUACACUUAAUUACUUAGUUUUAUUUUGGUUUCAUAACUAAUGUUUCUUACAUUUUGCUCUCUCAACUAUGUGUCAUUGUGUUAGUUUUCAACCC